GUAAGCGGCCGAGUUUCCGGUCGGGCACCGGCUUCGGUUCGUUCAGCCGCUCGGGAGGAUGUGGAGACCUGCUGCGGUGGCGGCGCUGGUGGCUGUCACUCUGCACCUGCUCAUCUCCUAUUACCCGAUGGACGCUCCUGUGGAGGCCGUGCGGAUCCUGUCCGAUUACCUGUUCGGCCAGAGGGUGAUGCGGGCUCCCGAGGAGGUGGUGGCUGAGGCCUGGGAUUCGCUCAUAAGAGCUCCCAGCAACGGCUGGAGCAGAGUAGCUGUGGGUGUGAAUGCCUGUGUGGAUGUUGUGGUGUGUGGAGUUGGACUUUUGAAAGCACUUGCCUUGGAUUCCGGAAACAAAGUGGACCAUGACACCCUUCAGUCAAGAGAGCAUUUGAUGGAAACCUUCUCCUACUUCAUGGAUAAAGGAGUUGCAGCUGAACGAUUCUUCACAGACAAAGAACUCUUUCGAAAGAUUGCACAGACUGCGUCACAGUUCCCAGGAGCUAAGCAUUUUGUUGGAGGAAAUGCUGCCCUGAUCGGUCAGAAGCUGAGCACAAAUCUAAACCUUUCGGUGAUGCUGUGUGGUCCAGUUGGCCCCAAACUUCGUGAACUCUUGGAUGAUCGAAUUAUUGUCCCAGCAGAAUCGCUGCAGGAGAUGGAUGAGUAUCACCUCAUUCUGGAAUAUCAGAAUGGGGAUGAGUGGGGAUCGAUUAAAGCACCUCAGGCCAACCGCUUCAUUUUCUCUCAUGAUGUGUCAAAUGGAGAGAUGAACAUGAUGGAGACCUUCAUAACAAGUUUGGAGGAAUUUGAACCUGAGUUGGUUGUCCUUUCGGGUCUGCACAUGAUGGAAGGACAGGGGAAGGAAGAACGAAAUAAGAGACUCCAGGAGGUUAGUCUGUUAAUCUCCGAGAUUCCGAAUGAGAUUUCAGUGCACCUGGAGCUGGCCAGCAUGACUGACAAGACGUAUAUGAAUACCAUCGUGGAUCAGCAGGUUCUUACUAUUGUAAACUCGAUUGGCCUGAACGAGCAAGAGCUGCUGUUCAUCAGUCAGGCUGGUUCAGGACCUCACUCUUUGCAGAAGCAUUGGAAUGGGGCUCCUGAUGUUGGAAUGGUUAGUGAUAUUAUUUUCUGGCUUCUCAAAGAAUAUGGACGCACUGAUUCACGCAAGGAUUCGGAUUUAACUCGUCUUCAUUUCCACACACUGGCCUAUCACAUCCUGGCAACUGUAGAUGGUUACUGGAAUAAUCAAAUAUCAUCUCUUGUGGCUGGUGCGAGAGUUGCUGGGAAUCAGGCAUGUGGCACUGAUGUGAUCGAUCCAACAAAAGUUGUCCUUGAAUUUCCCAAAGAAUUUGUUCUCUCUCAAAUAGAUGGAUUGCUGAAGAGUAAGAAAGUGACUUUGAACCCAGCCAACCCUGUGCAUAUGUGGCACAGAGAAAACAUCUCAUUUUUCAUCACUCCUGUUCUGAUUUGUGUCAAUCCAGUAAGGACAGUGGGACUGGGUGACACUAUCUCUGCAGAAGGGCUUUUAUAUUCUGAGCGGGUGUCUUUUCUGUGAACCUUACUGUGGAACAAGACAGAACAAAGCUCUGUAUUUCAGGCUGUUUGUUUACUAUGUAGGAAUUGGGGUGGUGGUGGUGAGAUACGACUCUAGAAGGAGCAGGAAGCACAUUUGAGGCUUUUGCUCCUCUUAGACCAAAGCUUGAUGUAUAAAAGUUGACCAGGAAUUGAUCUAGUCGCUCCCUUUUCUUUUUGCUACUUCCAUUGCUAAUGUCCCUUAGUCUUUAUUGUAUCUGAUACAAUUUUAAUAUUCUUUCCAUCAGGAAAUGACUGCAAGUUCUAAUUUCAUGUUGUGUUAAAAUCAACUUUGGAAAUCUCAGUGGAGAGUGUUGUCUUGUCCGGGAAGCCAUAAUUUUGUGACUGGCAUAUUUUCAGUGUUGUGGGUUGCAUGAUGCCAAUGUUAGAUUCUGAUCCUUCAUCUUGAGAACCUGAGUACUGAUCCAGCCCAGUGUGUUUGGGUGAAAAUCUUCACCACUGACAGCUGUGGGGAUCUUCAGUUGGUGGUUUUAAUUCAAUGGGUUUGUUUACAACACAGUGCUUCCCUCAAUUUGACACUAAUGAAGAAUCUCAUUCAGAAACCAAAAGAUAAUCAGUAUGAGAGGUGGAAUGCUCACUUGAUUAAUGCAGAUGGGAGACUUUGCUGAGUUGGGAGUUGAUGCAUCUUAUUGGGGCAUUGUGGAGAAAUCUUUAAUACUGUAGUUGGAUCUUGAAGUGCUUUAUUUUGCAAUCCCAGAGAAGAUUGAAUAAGCCUGUAGAGGGUGUACGCUGAAGACUUAAAGGGAAAGUUCAACUCCAGGAGAGGUUCUGGUCAUGGUGGCUGCUUAUACUCUUGUAAGUGAGAAGUUAAUGUAAAAAAGGUACAGUUUAUAAAAAAAAGUCUUUAUUUGCAAAAUGUGAAGAUUCAUUUAAGCUGUCGGUUUAGUGUGUCAAUUUCCAGAUCUGGAGAACAAAACACUUUCUUUACAGUCUAUGCUCCUGUCUUGGUACAUGAUAAAUACAAUAGAAAUUAGUUGAAACUGUUUUCUCUUCCUUAGCUGUGAUAGCCCGAUAUCAAUCAGUACCUCAUCUGUGUUACAUGCUCCAAAUACUUCACCAUAGAUUUGGUACACCAUGAUGUAGAAUUGUGCAGGAGUUUAAAUGGUCACAUUCUGAUACAUUUUAUUGACCCUCAAUGACAGAAAUUCAACUGAUCUUUCUUCAAAUGAUUGUUAUACUGAAUGGUUUAGGUUUUGUGUCUUCUGUAGGGUAUUGGGUGAGGUUAAUAAUUUAUAUUUUUGUGCUUAACUAAAUAACUACUAGCUAAUAACAUUGAUUCAAGGAAAGAAAAAUCUCUCCCAAAACAGUGGGAUCCCUGAAUUUCUAUUUAUUUAAGGAGGAUUUGGUGAAAUAAAGAGCAGCUGACGGGGGAACAUUGCUGAGUUUUCCCUGUUUUUAGAAAGUGUUUGAACUGAUUUUGAUCAUGAUUCUAAUUUUUAGCUAUACUUGCUGAAGAGAAAAUGUAGUUUUGCCAAGUAACAAUGUAAAUAAAGUUCCACUUCCCACAGAGGGAUGCUGUCUUGUGUGGGGCUGAAUCAGUUGACUGGGAAGUUGUAAAGUUUGAUUUACAGUCUGUGUUGAGUCAGCUAAUUGUCACAGUGGGGUGCAGCUAUAGUGUUCUGUAGUUCAUUCUGGACCAGAACAGAACAAACUGAGGUUUCUGAUCUGCGUGGCUAUUCUGGUAUCCCUGGUGCAGACUCAGAUUGUUGUUUAAGGGGCUGAAUCAGGCUCGGCUGUUGUGUUCCACGGUAGAAUAGCCUCCAUAAUAGAACAACAGAACUGCAUGUGAGGAUUGCGCGUUAGGGCUUGUGUAAUAGAGGUUGGAUGUCUGGCAUAAAUGAGAAUCUGAAAUUCAGCUUGUCUUCCUCCCACGAUUCACCCCAAAUUACACGUUAUCCCUUUUGAGAGUAAUAGUUGAAGCAGAAGUGAAUGGCAGAAUUAGUGGCGUGUGCAGGUAACCUCCCUCGCUGUGUGAGCUUUUGGGAAUAUUGCUAAAUCAUUGACACACUGGGGCUUAAACUGCUUCUUACUUUAUUCCUUGGAUUCUUGCAGGAAAUUAUUUCCACUUGGAAAUAUUGAUUUGAGUGUUUUAAUAUUUGCUUUCUGCUUUUUCACUUGCUUAGGCAGUGAACUAAAUUAUUUGUUCUCCCUGUCUCCUAAUUCCUUUUUUAAAAUUUAAAAACUCCUGGAUUGUGGCUGUGCUGUUACAUUUUUCAGAAGGAAGAGAAUUUUUACAUGAGUUUUGGUGAAUGUUCUGUUGGCCGUUCAUUCCCCCUUUGCUUUUCACAGGCCCUUAGUGCCAGAGGCGUGUCUGUAACUGAAAUUUCACAUUGUGGAAUGUGUACAUGAUAAAACAAUUUAAAGUAAAUUGUCUACUUAAAACAAUUUUUAAAUUGCUGAAUUUCCAAGCUUAUCAAACUAUUUUCACAAAUGCACAACAAUGUAAUCGCUUCGGUGCACUGUAACAGACAGUGGAAUGAUGUGUAAUGCUGAGCAUUUGUAUAAAAAUGAAAGGGAAAAAUAGAAUUCCUGGAACAUUAAUCGUGGUGCUGCAAUGAAGUGUCCAACAGCUGAUUGUAACUUUGGAUCUGCAUUGUAAUACGAAUUUGUUAGUAAGCUUGCCGUUCUUAUUGUAGGCAUUCCCCAAGUUGUGGGAAUGUUCAUUAAGCCCGGCAAAGUGUAUCCUUCAGCAUAGCCUGUUUGUACAGAAACACCAGAGGCUACAUGCUGCUUGGGGUGAACUGGAUCUGGUCUUUCUAUCACCACAUUGUCUACAGUUCUGGGCUGCCUGCACUUGAGAGCACUGUCGAAGAUGGCUGCAGCUGAGCAUAGCUGCUGUUUCUCUGUCUGUUUACCCCCUCUUGUGGCACUGCUGAGAACACAAGUUUAUCCACAAAGGGCAGGAGAUUUUUGGCAGGCUCAUUGUUCAGCUAGGAUUUGACCAUGUGGUUAUUUGAGCUUCAGUUCAUUUACAAGGACCAACUUUUUAGUUUUCUCCAUAAUAGAUGCAUCGUUAGCAUGAACACAACUUCUAUGGUUUAAAUUGCGGCAGAUUUUGCAGAAUGAUGUUUGACACGGUUAACACUGAUUGCUGUAUGUUAUCUUUCACAUCUGUGUAAAGAGAAGCCUGGUGGUAACUCAUGGGCGUUUGUUAAGCUGAUUUCAUGCCUUCUGUCUUUGAUCAAAGUGCUGUUGUCAAACCUUACUUGAAAAUCUGAUUUUUUUUCUGUUGAAUUUGUGGUUUAAGGCACUGUAUCAAUCUAGUGAAUAUAUAACUUUUAUAAAGCAAGAUUUUGCAAUAAAUUUUUUCUAAAAA